AUGGAAAUUCAUUUUUCCCGUUCUUCCUUAUCAUACAACUUCUUCCCUUCUUUUUUUUUUUUUGCCAAAUUUCAAUUCUUCUCCAUCAACCCCCUCCCCCAGCCAGAAUAUAUCCAUAUUCCAUCUUGCCGCUUCUGUUUCCAUUACAAAAAAAAAAAACAACAACCCCCUCUUCUUUCUAUCUUUCCUACCUCCCUCUAUUCUACGCUAUAUUUCCAUGUCUUCGUCAAUGCCAUAUCUAUCUAUCUAUCUAUCUAUCUAUCUAUCUAUCUAUCUAUCUAUCAGUCAGUUCAUAUAAUCUCUGUAUAUAUCUAUCUCUCUAUCACACUCUCUCUCUAUAUCUAUCUAUCUAUCUAUCUAUCUAUCUAUAAGCCAGUUCAUAUAGUCUCUGUUCAUAUCUAUCUGUCUGUCAAUCUAUCUAUCACCAGUUCAUAUAAUCUCUGUUCAUAUCUAUCUAUCUAUCUAUCUAUCUAUCUAUCUAUCUAUCUAUCUAUCUAUCUAUCCCAGUGUUACUAUCUAUCUAUCUAUCUAUCUAUCUAUCCCAGUGUUACUAUCUAUCUAUCUAUGUCUGUUCGUAUCUAUCUAUCUAUCUAUCUAUCUAUCUAUCUAUCUAAUCUCUUUUGCAAUUCCAAACCACCACAAUCUUCACAACGCCCUCUCUCUGUUUCUCUCUGUUUAUCUCUCCCUCUGUUUCUCUUUCUUUCUUUUUCCCUUCCUUUAUCUCCUUUGCUCUGUCUGUCUCUCUCUCUCUACGUCUCUUUCGCAUUAAGCUUUUCUAAGUUACAACACUAUCUAUCUAUCUAUCUAUCUAUCUAUCUAUCUAUCUCUAACAUUGUUCAUAUCUAUCUAUCUAUCUAUCUAUCUAUCUAUCUAUCUGUUAAUAGGUAUUAUGGCAUAACACUAUCUAUCUAUCUAUCUAUCUAUCUAUCUAUCUAUCUAUUAUAUACCUUUACUUUCUUUCUUUGUUUUCUGCUUAUUUUCUUUCUUUCCGUUUUCUUUCUUUUUUCUUUCCUUAAUUGUUUUUGCUUAUUUUCUUUCUUUCUUUCUUUCUUUCUUUCUUUCUUUCUUCUACUUUCUUUCUUUUUUUCUUUCUUUAUUUUUAUACGAUCCCUUCCAUCCAUUCUUUCUUUCUUUCUUUCUUUCUUUCUUUCUUUCUUUCUUUCUUUCCAUCCUUCCAUCCUUUCUCUUUCCUCUCUUUCCUUCUAUCCUUUCUUUCCUCCCUUCAGUUCUUUCUUCUCCUUCCUUCCUUCCUUCCUUCCUUCCUUCCUUCCUUCGUAUUAA